UGCACAUAGCAUCGCUCAUUGAUCUUCUCCUUUUCUCCAAGCCCGUGCGUAAUGGUAGAGCGCAGGAUGAACUCUCUAGUGAAAUGGGCGCUCAUCCUCUUUGUCCUCGUCUCCAUCAUUCUCAACAUUGUCCUGAUCGGCAUCCACUCCACCAGGGCACCCAAAUGCUCCGCUCAGCGUGUCCACCCGCUGAGGGGCAAGCACGACAAGCGCAGCCUCGUGUUCGCUGACCUCACCCGGGAUGAGUACCUGCAGGUCCAGCAGUACAUGCUCAAGCAGAAAGACUUGGACAUAUCCACCAGUCAGAUCACCAAGCCAUCUGAAAAUUUCUUGUUUUUAAUAGAUCUCUCUUUGCCCAAGAAGGCGGACGCGCUGGCUUACUUGGAUGAGAAAGGCAUCAAACCAGUGAGAGAGGCGACGGUGGUGGUCUUCCACGGCGCCCGAGGCUACAUUAAGGAGUAUGUAGUGGGGCCUCUUCCCAACCCGACAUACCACAGAGAUGUCACCACGGAGAGGUACAAGACGGAGCUUCCUAUCACCGCGCGCACGGUCACUAUUGGGGAAUACCAUUUGCUUUUCAAAUUUCUGGAUGGAGUCUUCUCUAAGUUGGGGAGGCUCAUGAAAGAGAGCUUCGACGUGGAUAAGGACAAGACUGUGAACGCGUUCGAGCAGAUGCCCCGUGGAGUCCAAUCCGGGGACAGAAAGACCUGGAUAGCUUUCUACAGGGAUGUGAGCGGCAUGUACAUCAACCCGGUGGGCUUUGAGGUACUGGUAAACCACGAGAGCUUAAACGCGUCUGAUUGGAAAGUGGAGCGACUGGUUUAUAAUGGCCAAUACUUCGACACCGUAGAAGAACUUAAACAGAAAUAUGACGCGGGAACUAUUAAGAAAAUAGUUUACAAGGAGCUGCCAGACUAUGGUUCAUUGAAACCCAAGCAGAAGCCUCUGCAGAUCGGCCCACAGCUGUUUUACGCAGAGGGGAAGCGCUACAGUAUCAGCGACAACCAUGUCCUGUACCUGGACUGGAGCUUCGCCUUCGGGCUCAGCUCUCUAACAGGCAUGAGGGCGUUUGAUGUACGUUUUAAAGGUGAGAGGAUACUCUACGAGCUGAGCGUGCAGGAGGCCAUGUCGGUGUACGGAUCAAUGACCCCGGGGAUGAUGAUGACCAAGUUUCUGGACUCCAGCAUCGGGAUAGGGCGCUUCGCACACGAACUGGUCCGUGGCGUGGAUUGCCCCCACGAAGCCACCUAUGUGGACACAUACCGCUACAUCGAUGUUCCAGCCCCGAUCAGAUUUAGGAAUUCAAUAUGCAUCUUUGAGCACAACAUGGGUCAACCCCUGCGAAGGCAUUUCUCUGACUUUUUCCACAAUAGUUACGGCGGGAUGGUAAACAGCGCCCUGGUGUUCAGAACGAUCACGGCUAUAGGGAACUAUGACUACAUGUGGGAUUUCAUCUUCUAUCAGAGCGGCUCAGUGGAGGCCAAGGUGCACGCCACCGGCUACAUCUCCGCUACUUACCUGGUAGAUGGUAGUCUGAAAUACGGACACCAGGUAGCGGAGAAGGUGCUGGGCAACAUCCACACCCACUUUAUCAACUUCAAGGUGGACCUUGAUGUGAUGGGAGUGAAUAACUUUUUCCAGACGAAAGACAUGGAAUAUGUCAAUGUGUCACUGCCAUGGAACAUUGACCGUUAUGCCAUGAUUCCUCAGCUGGUGGAGAAGCAGCUCAAAACAGAACAGGAAGCAGCUCUGCAUUACGGCAGAAAGACCGCUCGCUACCUCCACAUCGCCAGCAAUAAGACCAACCGCUGGGGUCACCAGCGCUCGUACAGGUUGCAGGUGUUCAGCUUCGCUGGGGACCACCUCCCAGAGAGCGAGCCAGAGGAGAAGUCCAUGUCCUGGGCCAGGUAUAAGGUUGCCAUCACCAAGCAUAAGGAUUUAGAGCAGACCAGCAGCAGUCUGUACAAUCAAAACAACAUGUGGACUCCAGCUGUCGACUUUAGCAAGUACAUUGACGACAACGAAAGCAUCGAAGACAAGGACCUGGUUGCCUGGGUGACCGCUGGGUUCCUCCACAUACCCCACGCCGAGGACAUCCCCAACACAGUAACUGUGGGCAACGGGGGAGGGGUCCUGCUGCGGCCCCACAACUACUUUGAUGAGGAUCCAUCCAUCCACUCUGCUGAUGCAGUGUACAUUAAGCCGGGCAGCGAGGACAGCUGUGACAACAACAGGAUGGCCUGCCUCGCCAAAGAGACCUGCAGCCCCGUUCUUGAACCCUUCACCUUCAACGGCUUCGAAGGAGUCAUGAAGUUCGAGGAUUAGGUCUGAUUUAUUUAGCACUGCUAGGUGUAAGCCCUGAUGAACUCAGAGAUAUACUUGGGUUUCAUUUGUCGAUCAAGCUUGUGUCAAUGUUAACAGUUUGGGACAGUAAAUAAUUUGUGCUCCAUGUGUUUUAAUUCUGCUCUGGGCAAGAAACUGAGUAAAGGAAUUUGUCAAUAUUUUGGAAAAUAUGCUAAUUUGCUCUGUUUCUGAAGAUCAGAGGCUGGGGGAAACAGCUAGCCUGGCUCUAUCCAAAUUUCAGAAAUAUGCACCUCUGAAACUUUGUAUUUAACAUGCUUUAAUCUGUGCCCAAACAGAAUUGUUAAAACAUUCUUUUUUUUUUGUUUUAAGUAAAGUUACAUGCUAUAACUAUUUCUUUCAAUACAAAACCUGGAAAUUAGUUAGCAUUCCAGCUCCUAGUUCCAUUGUCUCAAAGUCAGUGGGUUAGAUGAAUGGGUUUUUAGUUGGAUGCCAGAAUUAAGGUCUGUGGGUAACACAAGCUAAAGAGACUUUCACAUUUUGUUCUAUGACAUAAAAUACAUCAGUAAAUACCCGACUCAUGAAUUUUGAAGCUUUUAUGAGUCUUUAAAAAGGUGGUUGCUAACAAGUGGUUAAAUGAGGCUACAGAACGUCCUCAUGCUAAACAUGGCUUUACAGCCUCGUGGUGGUAGGGAUGUUAAGUCAUCUGAACCUGGUAUAGUUUGUUUAUAUCCUUACAUUAGCUUUUUACCUCUGGUGAGCAUUUAGGCUUCAAAAAUCAAAAAAGCGGUGUUCAUUUGUGAAGAUUAUUUUGCUGAACAAAAUGUGUAAAGACCUUUGCACACUGAAUCCAUUUUUUUUCUGAAGCAUUUUGUAAUCCAUCAUCCGGAAAAAAAACGUUAUGCAGAGAAAUCGUGCACACUGAUUCCAACGCAUUUUAUUGCUCUAUUUGUUGUGAAUAUGUAUUUGCAAUACAUGGCAAAAUGAAAAGACACAUUUCCUCUUUUGCCUCUGUCCACUGAAGUUACCAAUUUGGCUGUCACCACUCCCUCUCUGUCUUGCAUUUGACACCAGCUGCAUGAAGGGGCAGAGCUGUUCUCCCUCUAUGUCUCUCUGUCUGUGUGCGGCCCACAUCCUCCUCCUCUUCAUCAUCAUUCACCUGAAUAUUACUAUCUGACCUGUUGAAAGUGAGCUAUCUGAGUUAUAAAAUGAUUCUGUGCACCCUAUUCCACUGUCUUGUCAUGGCUGUAUCCCACCGCCACAUUUUCUUCAUUUAUUCUCGGUCAAACGUCCCUAAAGGCUUGUGUCCGAUGUGAAAAAGGCAGAAAAUCAAACCUGUUCCGAAAAUUUUAACGAUGGAUUAAAGUUUUGAACUAAGUGUGUGAACAUGAUUGAUACAGGUAUUUAUUUAUAGACGUGCGACUAUUUGACGGAAAAAACGGACUCAGUGUGCAAUCCAGUGAAAAAAUUCCAUAGACUUUUGAUGAGGGAACCAGGCCAAUGCCAACUUCCAUGUCAGCCUACAGAAAAACGCAAUCACUGGAGCACAGAUUUCUGAUUUUUUAAAUGCCUGCAUCAAUAUAAUUCAAAUGCAAAGGUGGAAAGUUCCCGCUUUUAUUGUGGUAAUCUUUAAAUAAUGUGCAUCAUAUCAAUUUAAAGAAUAUCAAAGUUGAAGCAAGAAUGCAGAAAACGAGGGAUUGUCUAAGGACAAGGACCUUCAGCUGCUUGAGUAGCAACUGGGAGUCAGUCAGCCCAGCCCAAACUACCCGCUGGAUAGGCAAACUUUCUGUAAAAUUUUAAAUGCUAAAAAUAAAAUUAAUAAGUGACAGUCAGUGUUGAGAUUAUGGCAGCUGCCACAAAUAAAUCAAUCCAUGGGAAUCACUGUAAGCUUAAUGAGCAGGGACAGCUAAAUGUAGCAGUUCAAGUUUACUUCAAAAAGUACAUUUUUAUUCAUUCUAUUGUACAUGUGAUAUACAUUAAAGUAAGAAAACUUUAUCUAAUAUGGCAAUUUUCCUAGAGCAAGGUCACAAAAUGCCUCACUGGAAUAAAAUUGUCAAAAAAAUAA